UUUUUUUUUAAAAGGUUUAAACGUCCACGCGCAUUCCCUGACUUGCGCAAGCUUGAAGCCUCGACAGUGCUCGCUAAAUCAGAAGAGGAAAACACAAGACAAAAAGUACAAAAAUGUUUUUACGGAUCCUUCUCAGCCUCUCGCUGUCGCUGAAUUUAUGGUUCUGUGAGGUAUCAUUAACAACUCAACAAGAAGCACCAUCUAUUAUUAUGGAUGAUACCAACAUCAACCCUGAGGCUGCAAAACUUCUGUCCAGAAUUAAAUAUGUUGGUCGAAGCUGCAAAGAAAUUCGCGAGAAGUAUCAUGUUUAUGAUGACGGCCUGUACUAUCUGAUCUCAUCAAGAGGAGUCCUUUACCAGACGUUCUGUGAUAUGACCACUGCUGGUGGCGGCUGGACGCUGGUGGCCAGUGUUCAUGAAAACAACAUGUAUGGAAAGUGCACUGUUGGUGAUCGCUGGUCUAGUCAGCAGGGCGAUAACCCAAACUGGCCUGAUGGUGAUGGGACAUGGGCAAACACAGUCACAUUCGGAGCUGCAGAGGCCGCUACAAGUGAUGAUUAUAAGAAUCCUGGAUACUAUGACAUUGUGACACAGGAUGUAUCUGUGUGGCAUGUUCCUAAUAAUAGUGAGCUGGAACACUGGAGAACUGCCUCUUUCCUGCGAUACCACACUGAAAAUCACUUCUUAACCCUACAUGGAGGAAACCUUUUCAAUUUAUUCAAGAAAUUCCCUGUGAGGUUUGGAAUCGGGACAUGCAUCACUGACAAUGGACCUGCUAUUCCAAUAGUGUAUGAUACUGGAGAUGCGACAUCAACCAAAAAUCUGUAUGGUCCUGUUGUAAGAAGUAUGUUUGAGGCUGGAUUCAUCACAUUCAGAGUCUUCAAUACUGAAAAGGCAGCUAUGGCUAUUUGUUCAGGCGUUAAACCAACUGCUUGUCACACUGAACAUUUCUGUAUUGGUGGAGGUGGACACUUUCCUGAAGGGGCUCCUAAACAGUGUGGGGACUUUACGAGUUUCGACUGGAAUGGCUAUGGUAAUAAUAUACACGCUAGUGCUACCAGAGAGAUGACUGAAGCAGCUGUACUUCUCUUUUAUCGCUGACACUCUGAUCAGUCUAAAAUCUUCUCUUUGAGUAAUAUCACACUGCUUAACACUGAAAUGUUACAUGCACAAUUAUUUUCACAAAAGUAUGUCAUCACAGUAUACAGUAGUCAACGUUGGAAGUGGAUCAAAAAAGUUAAUAAAAGUUGUCCUAAGAUGAGAAUGGGUAUUGUUUUGGUUUUAGGACAACUUGGAUGAAAGGUUUUGAUCCACUUUAAAUGUUGACUACUGUAUAUCCUUUAUAUCAGUCUAUACUCUAAGAAAGCGUAUGUGUAACGUGUUUGUCACAGAUGAAAAAUAUGAAAAAGGAUAUACAAAGAGGCAAUGACAGACUUUCAAAACACACAUGAGAUUCUUCUUUCUUUGCUGUCUUUUAUACCUUUGCCAUCCACCUAUGCUAUAUGAAGUUCCAAACGUAGGUUUGGGAGGAGCCUAAUCAUUCAGUCCUGUCAAUCAUCAUUACGAGCCUAUAUGCAGCUCUUAUUGCACCGUCCCAGCUUCAGUUCUUCCGGCAUCCCUCCACCUCCCCUUCUCCUCCUCUGUGUCUGUUUUCAAGUUUGUUUACCAUUGCCCAUCAGGACUGGAUGGACAGGCGAACUCGUGAAAUAAACUUUUUGUCGGUAGGAUUCUCUGUGAUUGGUAUGAGGUCCUCCGUGUCAUGAUUAAAGCAUAUUCAAAGGCA